AUGUUUAACAAUGAUUCGUUCCCGCCUACAUCAGCAUCUCAACAUUCUGGUACUACCACUCCCAUAGAUGAUAAUACGAGAUUAUUAAGACCCCAUUCUCGAACAAAUGUAUCCCUUUUAAAUCAACAUCGAUUGAAAGAAUCAUCACCGCUGACUAUACAGCGGAAGCCGCUUAAUUCCAGACCAGUAUUGGUCUCAGUACCAUCUAAUCAUUCUCUUAGAAGCGUUAAAUCGUUUAAUGAAGCAUUUGGUGGUGUACUGGUUACACCGUCAACACAAAGUCAAAAUCCUCAGUCAUUGAUUUCUAAUCGUAAUACUACUCAAAUUAAUUAUGGUACUAAUAACGAUGACGUUUCUCUGGCAGUAUUAGAAUGGUCUGCUCCUCGCCAGUGGCAUUGGAAAUCCUAUGUACUGUAUUAUCUUCCUAUGCUUUCAUGGAUUCCGAAAUAUGAUGCCCAUACUAAAUUAUUAGGUGAUGCACUUGCUGGAUGUUCAUUAGCAAGUUUUCAAAUUCCCUUGGUAAUGUCCCUUGCUACUGGCUUAGCAAAUUUACCUCCAAUUCAAGGUGGUGUAAGUUCAAUCGUUGUGGCUUCAUUUACUUAUGCAAUAUUGGGAACAGUUCCUGUUCUUGUGGUAGGUCCAUCACCAUCAGUCGCAAUGAUAUAUGGACAAUUAUUUGAAAGUUUACAUCAUGAUCCAAAAUAUUUUGAUGUUCCUAGAUGGCAAAUAUCUGCUGCAUCUUCACUUAUUAUGGGUAUUUUAUUGAUUGUAGGAGGCAUGUUCAGGUUAGGAUUCCUUGAUAAUGUACUCAGUCGAUCUUUACUUAAAGGUUUUGUUGCUGCAAUGGGGUUCAUAAUGAUUGUUUCACAAAUCGCGCUUGAGCUUGGAAUCCCUCAGGAUCCAGCUUUCCAUCCAGUUUCAACUUGGGAUAAAAUAGUCUUUGUGGCAACCCAUUAUUCUAAACUCCAUGCCUUAACCACAACUAUUCUGGUUAUUACAUUGAUUUUAGUGUUAACUGCAAGGCUGUUGAAACUGAGAUUAAUUACCAAGUAUAGAUUUGUGGUUUAUUUCCCUGAAUUACUUUUAAUGGUGAUUAUUUCAACAAUUCUUUCAGUAAGGUUAAAUUGGGAAUCGGAAGGGGUUGCAAUAGUUGGAAAUUUGGUUUCAAAGGCAGAUGUUACCACCACCACCAAAUCUCAAUCCAUGUGGGUAAACCCUUUCAGUAUUCCCUUACCUUUAUUUAAGCGGGUAUUUUCUACCGCAUUCUUACUGACAAUUCUUGGAUAUUUUGAUCAUACUACAGCAUCGAAAUCACUUGGGGCAAAAUAUAAUUAUACUGUGCUGUCAAAUCGUGAAUUGAUAGCGUUAGGUUCUACUAAUGCUAUUAUUGGACUUUUGGGUGGUUUACCUUCAUUUGGUGUCUUUGGAAGGUCCAAGAUUAAUAUUAUUGCAGGUGCAUCUUCACCCAUAUCUACUGUGAUAAUGGGAUUUGUCACCAUUAUUGCUAUCAAGUAUUGGCUUCCUUAUUUAUAUUAUUUGCCCAUGUGUGUUUUAUCUUUAAGUACCACAAUUGUUGGACUUGCAGUUCUUGAAGAAAUUCCUCAUGAUUUGAAAUUCUUUAUUGACAUUGGAGCUUAUGAAGAGAUUAUUACGUUUGCUGGUAUUUGUUUGCUUACUAUUUUCUGGUCUCUGGAGGCAGGAGUUACUGUUGGCGUACUCAUGACGAUUUUCCGUUUAAUCAAACAUAGUUCUAACUCAAGGAUUCACGUUUUAGGAAGAGUACCUCAUACUACUAACGUUUUCCGUAAUGCCGAUGAAUUAAUUGAAGAAUCGUUCCACCAUUUUAACCAAGGAACGGAACCAUUGACUUUGGGGUGGAUUAGUCGAAACAACAGUUCCUCUGAUUUACCUUCUCUGGUAUCACGAAUUCAAGAAGGAGAAGUUAACAAUUCCAUGAAUACUCCUGGAUCUCCGGAAAUGGGAUCACUUGUGACUACAGUUGAAGAAAUUGAAGGUGUUCUAAUUGUGAAAAUUCCAGAGCCUCUUAACUUUGCAAAUUCUGGUGAUUUAAGAUCUAAAUUGGCAAGAUUGGAAAAGUAUGGAACACUUCUUGUGCAUCCGCUGCAACCUUCUACCAAUUCACCAAUUCAUUGUGUUAUAUUUGAUUGUAAAGGAAUGACUUCAAUUGAUGCAAUUGCCAUACAAACUUUAUAUGAAAUUGUUCAAAGAUAUGAUGAAGAGGGAAUUGUUGUUUGCUUCACUAGAAUAUCCUUAGAUUAUCAUAUUCGAGAUCAAUUAGCUCGUUCUGGGUUAAUUCAAUUGGUUAAUAAGAAUUUUGCCAGGUAUUGGAAAACAGUUAAUACAGCCCAAUUAGAGUCACCGGUUUCACUUGCUACAGGACUUGGAGAGGGGUUCUUCAUGUCAAUUGAAGAUACUUUAGCUGCAACUAAUCUUAAGCAAUGCUAG